AUGGCAGAGACCGGAGCCCAUGCACGUGAGAACGGCGUGAGCCACAGGAAGCGGCGCGAGGCCAUGCCUGGCGGCGAGUCGGCGCCCAAGAAGAUCAAGCUGGAGGAAGACACGCCGCCGGAGGCCAACCCCAACACGAUUGAGGCCGUGAGGGAGAAGAACAAGGCGCUGGAGAUCGACAUGAGGGAGAAGAACAGACGUAUCGCCUACCUGACUAAGAAAUGCGAGGCGUUGUACCGUUCGCGAGGCGUAACGAGCGCAUCGUUCCGCUGCUUGAGGAGGCAGUGGUUCCAGCUACAGGACGAGCUUCUCGCUGCAGUUAAGACUGUAGAUCCCUCUGCCGUGUCAAACAAGGCCUCGAAGGAGGCUUGGCAGGCUGCUCUAGACACUGUAGACGGCUUCGGACAGGUUCGCAUACACGCGGAGGAGCUCAAAUUGAAUUUACCAGAGUGGUUCAUCACUGUGGCUAAGGACGCAGAGCUCGAAGAGCCGGACGCUGAUGUAUCGUUGCCGUCUGAUGAUAAUGCUGAUGACAGCGCAUUUAUUAAAGCAGAUGAGUUAUCAAAUAUGGAGAAAGAGGUGUACGAGCAGCUGAAACAGAAAAGCGAGCAGACGAAGAAGUUAUUGCAGAAACUACUCGUCGCAGUUGGCAGCACGUCUCAAGAUAAGGCAAAAGCGAUUGAGUAUGCACAUAUUCUACAAGAAAAACGAGCAGCAGUUGCGGAAACACUGAGCUUGAAGAGCCAAUUACAAGCGUUCAAAACACGAAUAGCUGAACUCGAGCGUGACAUAGAAGCCAAAGAAACGGAGCGACAUCGUGCAUGUCGAGACUACGACCGGUUAAGCGCAUAUGUGGAACAACGGGGAGGUGUAAAUACCGACAACGCCGAUGUUGGCGAAAUUAAAAUGGAGAACGCUGCAGAUGAUGAUAAAACUGGUGAUAAAACUUCUUCAGGAUUGUCUAGUACGGAGAUGGUGAAGCAGGAAGCUCUUGUGGAGAAGGAGAAGGAACAUGCGAAGACUGUUGCAACUCUGAGGGAGAACAUGGGGAUCUUGAGUAAGAAGUUGUACCAAGAGCGUCAUAAAGUCGAUACCAUGAAGCGAGAGCUGGAAAAAAUCAAGGCUUCCGAAACAGCGUGGAAAAAUGACGAAGCUGCAAUGAUUCAAGAUCAUGACGAAAAACUCAAACAGCUUCGCGAUGAUAAAGCCCACGUCGACGAAGAGUACAAGAAACUUCUCCACAAAACGAAGGAUCUCGAGCACCACAUGACCGAGAAGUGGGAGAAAAAGAUCACGAAAAUUCAGGCGGAAAUGAGCAAAACGAAGUCACAGAUGGAUGAGUUAAACCUGAAGAACGUAUCAUUGCGAGAAAAAAUCUCCAACGCAUCGACGUACAGAGAUCAGCUAACUGAAGCGAAGUCUGAGCUGCAAUCAGUAAAACGUGAAAACACGAACUUGAAGACACAAAUUGAGCGUGAACGGAGCCGAGCAGAUCGAGUACAAGCCUCGGCAGAUAAUCACGAAACUCUGACACUGACAAAGAAGGUGGCUUUGUUGGAGAAGGAGAAGCUAGAGUUGCAGCAGACGUAUGACACACUGAAACAAGCAGAAAUGAAAAAUGCUGAUGAAAAGCUGACUGACGCGUUGAAGCGGUUAUCCGAAGUGGAGUCUAAAUUCGAGCAAGAAAGGAAAGAACACCACGAAUGUAACGCAGAUAGGGAGAAGCUGCGUGCUCAGAUCAAGGACAUGAAGGCUUCCAGUGAAGCUUCUAAAGAAGAAAACGACGCCUUACUGUUGGAGAUUGAGACGAUGAUGAAGGAUGUGGAAUCGGUGCGUCACGGCCGGAAAAAGUUUAUUCAGCAGAUUGAGGAGAAGCGCAAUGCCAAUAAGAAGCUUCACACGUUGCUUGCAAGAGAGGAGCAAGCGAAGGCGCACUGUUUCGAGGAGUUAGCUGCGGUCCGGCUGCAGGUCUCAUCUCUGAGCACCGUACACAAGCACCAGAAGACGUUUAUUGAGUCGUCUAAGGAAUCUUUACAGGCAAAGGAGAUCGAGCUCGAGAAGUUAAAGGAAUAUAUCAAGUCCAUUGAGGCAGAGCGUGAGGCUUCAGAUGCCGAAAAGCGCAAACUGAUGCGAGAUGCAGAAGUAGCGAAAACGAUUUGUGCGACUGCGGAGAAGUCACAGCAGCAGAUGCAACAGGAGAAGCAGAAACCUUGCGAGGAGUGCGAGACACAUCGUAAGAAGAUCGACGAGAUGGAGCGCAAGCUGCGGAAUGCCAAGUCAGCAUCCUCCACUGGCGAGCUCACAGACCUGGAACGGUUCGAGCUGCGCGACUUGCAGAAACUCGUAAACUGUUCGGUGUGCCAGGACCGACGCAAGGAUGUGAUCAUCUCCAAGUGCUUCCACAUGUUCUGCAAGGAAUGCAUCGAGAACAACCUCAAGUCACGCAAUCGCAAGUGCCCAACAUGCAAGAAAAUGUUCGGCCACGACGACGUUAAGUCCGUGUGGUUUACGUAG